AUUUAGCUCAGUAAUGUCAGCCCUCCUGCAGAUGUUGGCCUAAAACUCCCAUAAUCCUUAGCUAUUGGCCAGUAUGCCUGGGAAUUAUGGGAACUGUAGUUCAAAAGCAGCUGGGGGUCAUAGCUGAGCAGGUCUAGUCUACACAGACUGGCAGAGGCUUCUCCAAGGUUGCAGGCAGGAGUCUCUCUCAGUCCUAACUUGGAGAUGCUGCCAGGGAGGGAACUGGGAACCUUCUGCAGGCAAGCAUGCAGGUGCUCUUCCCAGAGAGGACCUAUCCCGUACUAUUUUCCAGUGCUCCCAAUGUAGUCUCCCAUUCAAAUGCAACCCAGGGUGGAUCCUGCUUAGCAAAGGGGACAAUUCAGGCUUGAUACCACAAGACCAGCUCUCCUCCCAUACCUUGGACCAUCCCUGGACCAGUGUUCUGUGUAACAGGGAUUCCUAGAUGUUGUUGAUAACAGCUCCCACCAUCCCCAGCCAAAGGCCGUUGCAGCUGUGAAUGAUGGGAAUUGUAGUCAACAACGUCUAGGAAUCCUUGUUACAGGACACACUGUCCUGAACCCAUACAUCCAAAGGGUGCCUUCAGUCAGCUCUUCAUCUUCCCCACCAUCUGUUCUCACGGUUUCUUCCGAUCCUUCACGCACACCUUAGCUCAGCCCCUUCUCCUUUGCCAGGAGUGGGUGGGAUGUAUCCCUUCCCCAUUCCCCAAGGGCAUUCCCCAUUCCAAACAUAUCUCUGUACCCAGAGUCCAUCUCCUAACAACUCCCAGAAAGAGACAUUGGCUGACCGUCAAGGAACCACAGAACGGCGGUCAAAUAAGGGAAGCAAUGAGGCUGUUCGCACGUGCAGCAAAGGCCGGGCUUGGCUGCCUAAGCCUGAUCUUUGCUGUGCGGCAGUGAGCCCUCUUAGGGCGCCAGUCACUUAGUCAAGGUUCAGGGCGCAAGGGUGCCCUUAACCCGGGCUAAAUGAUCGUGUGUCAGUGCCACGCAUAUCCUUGCAGCACCCACACACCAGCAGCCUCCCAGCCGGUGUAAAGAAACCAAAAUCCCCAUAAUGCACCACACACUUGUGGGAGGUGCAUCAUAACUCCCAUCACAAAUUAUGGGAGUUUCAGGGGCCUCCUGGCCCCAAUCCUCCAUGCUGCCAGGAGCAGCUGGCUGUUGUCUGGGCAGGAGAUCUGCCACCCAGCAACAGCAUAGAGAUCAUCUGCAGGGGAGGUAAGCAUUUUGAAGCUUCUCCCCUCGCCCCGUUUGAGCCCUUUCUCCUGAUCGUGAGAAUGGGCUCAAUAUAUACUGGAUUCACUAAUAUCACUGCCAAAUCCAUUCCAAAUCCAGAAUGUUAUAUUUAAAAAAAAAUAAAAAUACAAAAACAUUUAAAUCAAUCAAUAUUCAUUUGAUAAAGACAAACAAAACAGUAAAAAACAUAUGUUGUCUACCAAAGCCUCACGCACUACAUAUAUCCCACAUAAAUGAAUACAAUUCUAUGAAUACAAUUCUUCUAAAUGUGUGACAAUGACCAAGACAUAGUGAGCGGAAUCCUCAAAAUUACUGCCGCAGGCACAAAUGUCCUGUAUGAGUUGAAGUAAAUUUCCCAGUGCUGGAAACUGCCAAAUUCCUAAAGAACCGGGAUGUACCGACGCAAGGGCACUCCCCAUCCGACACAGAUCUCUGUACCCGUUAAGGAAGCACAAGGAACAUCUUGUGUCCGAUCUCAGACCCUGCUCAGGCGUGACUUGAAGGCAAACCCCGAGGAGUCUGGAGGCUCAAAUGUCCAUGCGAUAAACACCGGGGCUAAUGAGUCAUUGUGUGUGCUCUUAGCUGCGACCCCAUUACUGCCUCAUCGGUCACAGUCACCGAAAAGGUGACUGUGAUCUACAUGAGCCUUCACCUUCUCCCUGCACAGAAGGCUAUGAUGCUGAGGACGGAAUGCACUGAGCUAACAAUAUGGCAAGAAUGAGCUAUGUGCCCCGCCCCCUUUCCUUGUAGCUGGGAUGGGAAAGGGCACCCACCUCUUAAGCCAGCUGCAGGCUGGCACAUCCCUUGAGUGCCAGUGAUGAUUGACAGCCACCCGGCCAUGCCCACAUCCCAGAGAUGACAUAAAGCACACAAGCUUCCCCCAGGCACAGGGACUGGAGCCUGGGCCCCGGAGUGGUGCAUGUGAUCCCCAUUGGCAGCCAUCUUCACCGAACAUCAGGUGUGGCAACAUGGCGUGCAUGACUCUGAUGGCCAGGAAUACGGACAUGCGUUGGCGCCUGCCGCUGGUGUGCCUCCUCUGGGAGGUGGCCAUGAUCGUCCUCUUCGGGGUCUUUGUGCGCUUUAACCCUGAAGCCGACGCGGCUGGCUGGGGGAUCAUGAAGCGUCAGAAGAACAUCACCAGUGAUUCGGAGAACGACUUCUACUUCCGGUACCCAUCAUUCCAAGAUGUGCAUGUGAUGAUUUUCGUGGGCUUUGGCUUCCUCAUGACGUUUCUUCAACGCUAUGGCUAUGGAGCCGUCGGGUUCAACUUCCUCCUUGCAGCCUUUGGGAUCCAGUGGGCACUCCUGAUGCAAGGCUGGUUCCAUACCUUUGAGAAUGGGAAGAUACUCAUUGGAGUUGAAAGCCUGAUCGGUGCAGACUUCUGCGUGGGCUCCGUUUGCAUCGCCUUUGGGGCCCUCUUGGGCAAAGUCAGCCCUGUGCAGCUCCUCAUCAUGACCUUGUUCCAAGUUACUCUCUUCUCAGUGAAUGAAUACAUCCUGCUUGACCUGCUUCAUGUUAAGGAUGCCGGUGGAUCCAUGACCAUCCACACCUUUGGGGCUUAUUUUGGGUUAACAGUGACCGCCAUCUUGUACCGACCCAACCUGGAUCAGAACAAAGAGAAGCAAGAUUCUGUCUACCAUUCGGACCUCUUCGCUAUGAUUGGCACCCUUUUUCUAUGGAUGUAUUGGCCCAGCUUUAACUCUGCUAUUUCCAAUCAUGGAGACGCCCAGCACCGGGCUGCCAUCAACACCUACUGCUCUUUGGCGUCCUGCGUCCUCACCACCGUGGCCUUCUCCAGUAUGCUGCAAAGGAAAGGCAAGCUGAACAUGGUCCACAUCCAGAAUGCCACCCUGGCAGGGGGCGUGGCCGUUGGGACCGCUGCAGAAAUGAUGCUGACCCCCUACGGCUCCCUCAUUGUCGGUUUCAUCUGUGGCAUCGUGUCUACUGUCGGGUUUGUCUACUUCUCGCCUUUCUUAGAGUCCAGGCUAAAUAUCCAGGACACAUGUGGAAUCCAUAAUCUACAUGCCAUGCCAGGUCUCAUCGGAGGCAUUGUGGGUGCUAUUACUGCUGCCGCUGCUACCGAGGAAGUAUAUGGAAAGGACGGCCUCAUCCGUGCUUUUGACUUCACUGGUGACCAUAGUCAAAGGACAACAAGCGUCCAAGGGGGCUUUCAGGCUGCUGGCAUUGCUGUCUCUUUGGGCAUGGCCUUGGCUGGAGGGGCCAUCGUAGGUGGCAUUCUGAAAUUGCCCUUCUUUGGUGACCCCAUGGAUGAAAACUGCUUUGAGGACAACGUUUACUGGGAGGUGCCUGGGGAUGAGGAGAGCGGCCUGUACUGUAUGCAUGACCCCAAUAUUAAGGCUGUAGAAAGCCCCUGAAAUCACCCGAGGAAACACAACGGACAUCCCAGAAGACCAGAGUGAAUCCCAGUUGGAGAGGAUGAUUAUUAUCUUGGGCGGUCCUUGGUGUCUUUCUGUGUCCUCAGCUCCCUCAAGGAGAGAACUGUGGUCUUCUGGAACACACAGCAUCUUGUCCCAUCAUUCCUCUGCUGACAGAGAUUCUUUAUGGACCAUCCUGUGGCCAUGUUUUCUCUUCCCACAUCCUGCUCUUUGUAGGAGGAGAAACAGUUGACACAUCUAUAUGCAGGACAAGAAGCACCUAUUUUCUCUAGGUUUUCUCUGAAAACAAAGGAGAGGCAGUUCCACAGAAGCCGCUUUGAAAUGCCCCACAUAUUAUCUCUGGGGGGGGAGGUUUUCCCUGUCAGUCCCCCAUGUAGAUUUGUGCCCCUGUAAGCAGUAGUGCACAUAAUGGCUCACGCCAUUGAAAAUUUUCUAUGAAAUUUGGAACAUACAUUCUCAAAAUAAAAUAAACGAAUGGCUCGCCACUAGAUAUCACCGCA